AUGAAACACUUUUUUGCCAGUAGCUCUAUUGGAUCUGCUGUUACAACUACAAAAACAACAACACUAUUAUUUAAGCGUCUUCAAUCAACAACAACUUUACCCAACACUACCAACAAUGCUACUAAACCCCCAGGUUUAAGCAUCAGAUUAGCCAACUUGAUUGAAAAUAAUUUGAAGGAAAACAAAUCAAGCUCUGAAAUUUUUAAUAAUUUAAAUACCGAAGUAGAUGCUAACAUGAGACCAGGCUAUAAAAUUUAUAAAUCUGCUCCAUUAACUCAAGCUUUAAAAAACUUGUUAAAAAAAUCAGAAAAUGAUUCUAAAAUAGAAAACAUACAAAAUUCCUCAAUUUUGCCCCCCUCGCCAUAUGAGAUUUUAACUAAAUUAAUUAAUUUAGAUAUUGCCUCUCCAGUUCAUUUCGAAUUAGUUAUGGCCGAUCUCCUAAAAAACCAUCAUUCCUAUAAAGACGUUUUAUCUUUAUGGGUCUUAUUUAUCCAAAACUUUGAUGCAACAAGUGGUUCCAGUAGAACACUUUCAGGUGGUAAGAGAUCCUCUUUUACCUUGAAUAAUAUUAGGAGCUAUGUUGCCAUUGCAUAUUUAGGUACCUGUAUUGAAAAUAAUAGUAGCACUCCAAGUUAUGAAAUCUUGUCUAAGAUUUUACAAGUUUCUGAAAACAAUGGCAGUAGUGAUAUACCAUUUGCUUUGAUACAUAGAUUUAUUGUCAAUGAUGCAGUUAUCGUUAACGAUCCAAAUCUUGUUGAACAGUUCACAUCGUUGUUCCAAGAAUUGUACAACAGCUACAUUGAAUCACACAUUGUAAAUAAAAAUACUGGCAAGUUUGAUGCUUCUUUCUUAUCUAAUUCCAACAGGGUCUCCGAUUUAAGGCAAAUAAUUGAACUUUACAAUGAUAAAACCAACAAAUAUCCACAAAUUUAUCAAUCUUUGAUGGUUGCAUUAACCGAUUUAAAUUAUGCACCAGAGGCCAUUAAAUUAUAUAACAACCACAAAGAUUCUAAAGACUGUAAAAGAGCUUUAUUAUAUGCUGUUAGUGAGUUAAAUGCCCCAAAUAAAGUCAAGUACGAUAGGUUACAAGCUUUAUGGAACACGCUAUUUGUUUUACCCACUACUAAGGAUAGUGGCAAUGUUUUAGAAGCUGAAGAUUAUAAAUGGAUGUUGAAAAGUUUGUACAAAUGCAAAAAUUUCAAAAAUUUUAACAACUUCUGGUUUAAUGAUGUGCCCAAAGAUUUUAAGGAUAAAUAUAUUAGUUUACAAGCCGUUUAUUAUGAGUGCACUCCACUAUACUCAGAUCCAAAAGUUUUAACUAAUGCUGUUUCAUUUUUAAAAAAGAAUUUUAACAAAAAUACUGAACAAGAUUUAACCUCGUUACUUGUUAAAGUUUUAAAUGAGUUGCUAGUUGCUAAGGAUUUUAUAAAUUAUGAUUCUUUAAUAGCUAUCUCUAAUCCUAUUUUGCUCAACAAAAAUUAUGAUUUCUUAGCCAGCAAAUUACACAGUUAUUUGGUUAGGGAUCAGAAAUCUGGUUCUAAGAUCGAAAUUGAGGAUCUGUUGCUUAAAUUCCCGUUAGAAGAAAAUUUCUAUAAAGUUGUGGAAAGCUUAACCAAAGUUACCCAAGACCCUAAGGUUAUUGAAAAAUUAGUGAGCAUUAUCAUGUCACAUAAAUUGGAAUUAAAGUCGCAAUAUCAAGAAAUUAUAGCGACUAUCAUUAAAUUUUAUUUCCGCAACAAUUCCUUUGAAAAAAGUGAGGAUAUUUUUAAGGAAAGUUUCCAACAAAUUUUAGCGCAUGAUAAAUCGACUAGAAGAGUUGUUGAAGAUAUCCGUCUUUUAGUUGAUUCAAUGAUUAGUGGGUUUACUGAAAAACUAAUUAGUACAAAGGACAACAGUUUUUUUAAUAAACUAAAUGUUUAUUUUGAAGUUUUUAACGCAUCUGCUAUCAAAUUGAAUGAAAUCAGCAGAGUACCAUUAAUGGAAACUAUCUUAUCCAACCGUGCCAUGAACAGGUUGAUCCAUGCAAUUGCUUUAUCCAAUGGCAAAUUAACUGAAAGUGAAUCACAAAUCGUUGACAAAUUUUUGCUCUAUUAUGAAAAGCACAAAAAAUUUUACAGGAUUAACGUUAAAGAUUCAAUUAAAUUGAAUUUGAACUGA